GAGUCGCGUAAGUUUUCAUGAGUUGCUCGAACAUGACACGUCGUGGUUCUCGUUCACUCAAUUUGAUAUGCGCCUAUCUGGCGUUCGUUGCUGUCGCAGUCGCGGUUGAUCAAGAGAAAUGUGAUAAAACAAAGUGUCCGGGUCCAUUGGCGUAUUACAAGGGUCUCGGUUGUAGCCCAGUGUAUGAAAAAGAAGGUGACUGUUGCGCGACAAAAUACAACUGUGAUCAUCUGAAAGAGAAAGACCCUAACAAGUGUUACGUCAAUGGUAAACAGUACAAAAUCGGAGAGGAACUUAGAGAUGAAGAUAAGAAUCCUUGUGACAUUGGUUGCACCUGCAUCAUUGGACCUGGAGGAAUCGCCACAUUUAGUUGCGCGAUAGUUGACUGUUUCCAUGGAGAACCAAAACCAGGUUGCUACAUAACGAAUUACCCAUUAAAGUGUUGUCCCGGAGAUGAAGUUUGUCCUGAAAAUCCCGAAGCUAGAGCUACGUGUAAGGUAAAUGAAAAGGAAUAUAAGGAAGGAGAAUUCUUCAGUAUCGAAAGUGAUCCGGAUUUAAUUUGUACAUGCCAACCGGGCUACAAAGGAGAAAAUGUUGAACCUUUCUGUGUAAAGCCUAAGCGUCCAUAUUGUCAUCCCGAGUUCAGUCACUCAUAUGACAUUAUUAAUAAAUGCGCUCCGGUUUAUUACUCAAAUCAAUCGCCGCUUACUAGUUGCAACGCAUUUUCGAGAUGUCAAAACGAUAACGACACUGUUAUUCACACCGAGGAGAAUCCGAAGACUCACUCAAGUCCAAAUGACGAAGAUGUUUGUCAUUUUGGCAAUAUGGUUAUGCGACUUGGCGACGAAUUGAAUCAAGAUUCAGAUUAUAAUUCUAUAUGCGUUAGAUGCGUUUGCGAGGUGCCUCCUGUGCCUACUUGUCAACGUUUACCGUUUGAUGUAUGCGACCAUUAAUCUUAAACAUUUCACAAUCUGUGAUAAUGUAAUUACUUCUAUUAUUCGACUUAAGAUUUCAUAGUAAAUUAGUGCGUAAAUAUAAAAAUCUUUUUACAUA